AAGAGUCAACUUUCAUUCAUGCAAUAUAAGGAAUGCGCCCGUGUUUGAUGGUUGUUAAAAAUGAAACAAGGAAAGGUUAUUCGAUGAUAGAAAAUGGAUGACAAUACAACUAUAGCAGUCGUUAUUGUUGUUGCGGUCGUCGUACUCGCUGUCGUCAUGAUAGUGGUGAUAUGCCAGCAGUCCAAGGCGCAAGCAGAAGUCAAGCUGGCCACAAGCAGACGACAGCAAAGACGGAAUUCUCGCAUGAUAGGUCGGGCUUUCUCUCACCGGUACUUCAACCCCUUUGGUGAAACAAAAACGACCCCAAACAACAACAAAAACAACAAUGGCAACAACAAUGACAACAACGAUGUUUCUGACCAUGUUGAACAGGUCACGGACGAAUCACCUGUGUUUGUUGUAGAUGAGGCAGUUGAACCUCGUGGUACUCUCGGAAAUGUUUCUGAUCUAACUGUCACGGGACAUCCCAACACCAUUGCCGUCCCCGUCCCAGAGCCCAGGUACCUAAACACCGUCACACACAGCUUGCAGGUGCCGACUGAGCCCGAAUACCCUCCGCUGUCUACUUCCGGUCAGGUGGAGGAUAUGUAUAGCUACAUUCCACAUCCACUUCCGCCUCUCAAGGCAGCACCAACGCAUGCGCAGUACAACAGUCCAAGAGAAAGCAGGGGGACCGAGUCAGAUUAACGGAGGGGAUAUUUGUCUAUUUGAUUUUAAUUGCUGUGGACCAAAGGCAAUCUUGUACAACUAUAUCAAUAAAAACAUAAAAA